UAUAAACGUCACGCGCGACAGACGUCCUAACCUCGUCACACGUGUUCGCUUGUGGACGUGGCAUUGACGAUAUUUUCACUAAACGUUUAUUCCCUGAGCCGCUAUUACACUUGCGGAAUGCAUCGAGACUUGUCGCGACACAAUUGAUAUAAACAACAAGGUGCAACUUGCCAACUAACGAGAAGUAAACAUGCCAACUGCCCGGCAAGAUAUUCUGACAGAAACUCAAGUAAACCAGGAUGGAAAGAUCACUUCUUCUUCAUCUUUUUCCUCUGUUCUUUGGAAGGUGGACAAUACGUUAUUGAAGAUCUUCCUUUUAGUCACCUGCAUUAAGAUUCUUCUAAUUCCUACUUACCGCUCCACUGAUUUUGAGGUACAUCGCAAUUGGCUGGCUAUCACCCACAGUCUACCUGUUGCAGAAUGGUAUAUGAACGCACAAUCUCCCUGGACUCUAGACUAUCCACCACUGUUUGCGUGGUUUGAGUACUGUCUCAGCCAAGUGGCUGUACUUUUCGAUCCAGAGAUGCUCAAAGUAGAGAAUUUGAAUUAUGCCUCGUCAGCUACUAUAUAUUUCCAAAGAGGCACAGUUAUAUUUGCAGAUCUGAUAUUUGCAUAUGGAGUAAGAGAAACAGGUAGAACAUUUUGCAAAUCUUUGAACAGCCAUAUAGUUUUUAUAUUUCUAUCAUUGUGCAAUGUAGGACUACUGUUAGUCGACCAUAUACAUUUCCAGUACAACGGUUUUUUACUUGGCGUUUUAUUGAUGUCAAUGGCAAAAGUCUCAAAGAUUGACAAACAGAUGUCAGUAUUGCAAGGUGCUAUGUGGUUUGCCAUUUUACUCAAUUUAAAACAUCUGUAUGUAUACGUGGCACCAGCAUACACCAUCUGGCUAUUAAAAUCAUAUUGUCUGAACAGUGGAAAGUUCUUUAAGAGGUUGUUUAGUCUUGGCCUUAUAGUUCUGACUAUUCUAGCAGUAUCCUUUGGUCCAUUCAGAACUCAAUUACCACAGGUAAUGUCCCGUUUAUUUCCAUUUAAAAGAGGUUUGGUACAUUCGUACUGGGCUGCGAAUGGUUGGGCUCUGUAUAUCGGCGCAGAAAAAGUGCUGUCUGUGAUAUUGAAACGUCUGGGAUGGUUGAAAGAAAUUAAAUCUGCGGUAAUGACGGGUGGUCUGGUGCAAGAACAAAACUUCCUUAUACUACCUACUCCAACUCCUAUCGUUACGUUUCUUCUGACUUUUAUAGCAAUGCUCCCUGCGCUGUGGAGUCUGUUAUGCAAGAAACCUUACAUGAAUUCAAAAAACCUUGUUAGGUGCAUUAUAUUAUGUGCUUUAAGUUCAUUUAUGUUCGGUUGGCAUGUGCAUGAGAAAGCCAUUUUAACCGCAAUCAUCCCUUUGUGCGUUCUCGCAGCGAUAUAUGCGGAAGACGCGCGUAUAUUUAUUAUUUUAAGCAGUGCUGGUCAGACUGCUCUUUUACCACUGCUGUAUCCCGAUAACUUAUCUUCAUUGAAGUUACUACUAUCGCUGACAUACAUGCUUUUGUCGAUUUUAGUCCUGAUUAAUCAACACGGCAGACAUAUAUUACAAUUACAUGAAUGGCUGUAUGUAAUACCGCUGCCUCUAGUUACGGUCUACGAAAUAGUGCUACAUAAAUUAUUACUCGGCGACAAAUUGCCGUUCUUGCCAUUAGCAUUUACUUCUAUAUACUGUGCCAUUGGUAUAACUUACUGCUGGAUACUGUACUAUUAUAUGUAUCUGCAGAAUAACGUUCAUGCCAAUGACAGAGUAACAGAAGGUAAAUUGAGUCGCCAAAAAUUAAAAGACAAACAAUCCUAGGGAAUACAAAUUACUAC